AAGGAAAAGGCCUUUUUGUUCUGCUACUAAAUUUUUUUUAGAGAGAGAAAAUGGGUUCUAUUGGGAAUUUGGCUAGGAGAGCAGUGCUGACCAAUACACCAGUUAUGGUUCAGAUACAAGAAUUGGUUCGAGGUGUUGAAGGUUGUAUUUCUCUAGCUCAGGGGGUAGUGUACUGGCAACCACCUGCACAAGCACUGAAUAAGGUGAAAGAAAUUAUCUGGGAACCAUCAGUUAGUCGCUAUGGUGCCGACGAGGGCCUUCCUGAGCUCAGGGCGGCAUUGACGAAAAAGUUGGGUCGUGAAAAUGACUUACAUAAAUCGUCAGUUAUGGUUACUGCUGGCGCUAAUCAGGCCUUCGUAAACGUCGUUCUCACACUGUGUGAUGCUGGUGAUUCAGUCGUUAUGUUUGCACCAUACUAUUUCAAUGCAUACAUGUCAUUCCAGAUGACAGGUGUUACCGAUAUUCUGGUGGGUCCUGGUGAUGCAAAGACACUCCAUCCUGAUGCAGACUGGUUGGAGAGUACUCUAAAGAAUACUAUACCAGCCCCAAAACUUGUGACUGUUGUUAAUCCGGGGAAUCCAUCAGGAACAUAUAUCCCCGAGUCCCUUCUUAAGAGAAUAUCUGAUAUUUGUAGAGAGGCGGGAUGUUGGCUCGUAAUUGACAAUACUUAUGAGUAUUUCAUGUAUGAUGAUCGGAAACAUGUUUGCAUAGAAGGAAACCACAUAGUCAACAUCUUUUCCUUCUCUAAAGCUUAUGGGAUGAUGGGAUGGAGAGUUGGAUAUAUAGCAUACCCAUCGGAAGUGGAGGGGCUCGCAGCUCAACUCCUUAAAGUUCAGGACAACAUACCUAUUUGUGCUUCUAUAAUCUCUCAACGACUUGCUCUUUACUCGAUGGAAAUGGGACCAGAGUGGGUAACUGAUCAAGUAAAAGACCUCGUCAAGAACAGAGAGCUACUUCUAGAAGCUUUAUCUCCUUUGGGAGAGGGAGCUGUUAAAGGGGGAGAAGGUGCCAUUUACCUGUGGGCAAAGCUGCCAGAUAAAUACGAAAACGACUUCGAAGUAGUUCACUGGCUAGCUAAGAGGCAUGGAAUAGUCCUGAUCCCCGGAAGUUCCAGCGGUUGUCCAGGUUAUGUUAGGAUCUCCUUCGGAGGAUUGAUCGAAAAGGACUGUCGGGUAGCUGCCGAAAGGCUCAGAAAAGGUUUGGAAGAACUGGUAAAUAGUGGAAUGGUUUCAUGAUUUUCUCUUGAGUAAAAAUUAGUAUCAGCUUGUUCUCCUGGACACCAGUCAUCAACAAUACAGGAAAAGACACUUUUAAUCCUUAAUAAUUGAAGGGGUUUUCAGCUUUUGCAACUUGAUCAUUGGAACUGCAGGUUAAAACUUGCCAUUUGUAUAGUUUCAAACAAUGUACUCAUAUGUACCUGAUUUUCUUAAAUGGAUAGUGGAAGUGUCUCAUAUA